AUGAAAAGUUUUCGUAGUAAUCCUGAUUUUCAAGAAAAAGUUGUUAAGUCAGUUAAAACGGAAAUUAUUAAACGACAGCCAACAAUACUAUCUACUAUUCCAUCACCGGUUCAUACAAAUUUACUUGAUUCUCAAUCGACAACAUCAAAAGGUCCUCUUUCAUACUGUUUUGAUAUACCACAAAAUUCCUUAAUAUUAUCAACAACACCGUAUGAAUAUAUGACAUCAAAUGUCUCAUUCAGUGGACAUGAAAUAGAAUUUAAAAUUAUCGAUCUUAUUUUCUAUAGUUGA